AUGGACGCACCGUGCGACACGCCGCGCGCGAGCCCGGUGGCGACGGGCGCAGCGGGCGCACGCGCGUCCGCGUCGGCGCCAGUGAGCCACGGCGAGGCGGAGAAGUGGUGGAAGAAGGACUCGGAGCUCUGGGUUGACUGCCACACAGAGCAGGAGUUUGAGCAGGCGGUCACAACGGGCGAUCGGCUCGUGCUUGUUGACUUUUUUGCGACCUGGUGCAAUGGCUGCCAGCGCUCUUACCCUGAGCUCUGCAAGUACGCCAAGGACCCCGAGCUGUCGUCACAGGUCAAAUUCGUCAAGGUAUGCAUUGAGGAGCUCAAGCGGCCAGCCAAGGAGGCGGGCAUCAAGUCGCUACCGCAUGCGGUGGUCUAUGACCCAAAGCGCGGCAAGCUGGUGGGCAUCGACGUGCCGCCCUCCAAGGUCAAGAACCUGAAGGUCAACCUCAUGGUGAUCCUCAAAAACCGCAGCAUGGACUUCAAGUUGGACCCCAACGGCUUCGUGAUCCCCGUGCCCCCGCAGCCCAAGGGCGCGCAGGAGGCCGAGGCCGCCGCCCGCCGCGCCGCCGCCGCCGCGCUCGAGUCCGCGACCACGGGGCUCGGCGCCAAGCUGCUGCAGGGCGUUGAGGGCGCCGCGGCGGCGGCGGCGGCGACGGGGGCGGCGGUGGCGGACGCGGUGGCCACGACGGCGGAGGCGGCGGCGCCGCUGGUGGCGCCGGCGGACCCCGUGCUGGCCGCGGCCAAGGCGGAGUUUCUCAAGCGGUUCGGGUCGCGGUACGGCUACAGCGGCCGUAUUGACGCGCUGUACCCAGCAGAGGUGGGGUCCCGCAUGGAGCCGCACGAGCACUACCUGGACUACACCGGCAGCAGCGUCUACGCCAAUAGCCAGCUGGAGGCGAUCUUCAGGGAGCUGCGCGGCCACCUGUUCGGCAACCCCCACAGCGCCAACCCCUCGUCCUCGUUCGCCAGCGAGAGGGUGGAGGCGGCGCGAGACCUGGUGCUCAAGUGGUUCAACGCGGACCCCGCGGAGUACCAAGUUGUGUUCACGCGUUCCGCCACCGACGCGCUGAAGAUCGUGGGGGAGACCUACCCCUGGGGCCCCCAGUCCGAGUUUGCUUACCUGCGGGAGAACCACAACAGCGUGCUGGGGGUCAGGGAGUACGCAAUGGCGAAAGGCGGCAGGUUCCACGCCGUGAACGAGACGAGUGUGGAGUCGUGGGUGCGGGACAGCAGCGGCGCCGACAUCACAAAGUUCCUGGACGCCACCUCACUCAGCAGCGGGCGGCGGCAGGUGCCUCCUCCCGAGGACGACGACGGCACCGUGAAUAACCUGUUUGCCUUCCCGGCAGAGGACAACUUCGCAGGCGUCAAGUACCCGCUGUCCUGGAUCAACGCAGUCAAGGCCAAGUCGCGGCCGGGGCGGCGGUGGCGGGUGCUGCUGGACGCGGCGGCCUACGUGCCCACGCAGCCCCUGGACCUCAGCAGCGUGCGGCCCGAUUUUGUGUCCAUGUCUUUCUACAAGAUCUUCGGCUACCCGACGGGCCUGGGCGCCCUCAUCGUGCGCGUGGACGCCGCGGCAGACCUCAAAAAGAUGUUCUGGGGCGGCGGCAGCGUGGCGCUGGCGACCAGCGCGGGCGACUUCCACGUGCUCAAGUGCCGGCCCAGCGAGAUGCUGGAGGACGGCACGGUCAGCUUCCUGGACAUCGCGGCGCUGCGGCACGGGUUCGACCUGAUGACAAACCUGGGGGGCACACACGCGAUACAGGGCCACGUGGAGUCCCUGCGCGCGUGGACCCACCAGGCCCUCAUCAGCCUGCGCCAUGCCAACGGGCAGCCCGUGGUGGCCCUCUUCGGGAAGCACCACCUGCCGGAGGCCGCCAAGGUGCAGGGCGGCAUCUUCAACUUCGCGCUGCUCAAGCCCGACGGCUCACUCUUCUCCUACAAGUCGUUCGAGGUCGCCGCCGCGGAGGCCGGCCUCCACGUCCGCACCGGCGCGGAGUGCAACCCUGGCGCCUGCUACGCCUACCUGGGGGUGGCCGAGGCCGAGGUCGAGGCGCUGGCUGGCACCAAGGAGGGCUGCCAUGACGACGUGGAGUAUGCGCACGUGGCGCGGGCGGUUGUGCCGGCCAUGCACGGCGCGGUGGAGAGCAUGGACAUGGCGGACGGGCGGCACGUGCGGAUGUGA